UCCACGGGUCGUAGGUGCUCUCAGCUACGGCACCACUCGUGACUCACGAUUCCAACUCAUCUUGAUUUGUGAUCACGAUGGCAUGCGGAAGAGCAAAAUGCAGUGAUAGACGGCAUCCUACUUCUGUCCAUACAAAGCUGAUGCGCAUACACAAGCUGUCCAGCAUCUGACUCACGACGGUCCGUCCGCCCUUCCCCUCCUUUUUCUCUGCUUCUGGCUACAGCGCGAAACGGAUCAAUCGCAGCAUUGAAGCCGAGCACAUCCACCCAGCGGCUCCAGAACAAUUAUGUCUGCCGCAUCAGGUAGCGCAGUGCGCCUGCUGACCACCACCUCGCGCAUUCUCCCACCCGUGCCCGCACUCGGAGAAGCCCAUUCAGCUUCCGCUCGAGCGGUUCUCAGACCUCGACUGAUAGAGAUGCUUCAAUCUCAGGGGCUAGAGCUGGAUGAAACCAUUGGCGAAGGGCUCUGGUCAGGACCUCGAGGUCAAGAACAUGCAGAGCGUCAUGACGACGAAGAACUCAUGGCUUGGCACCUGGUGGGCGAAGUCUGCGCAAAUGGUGAUCUGGAUCGACUGGUGCGAUUGAAAGCGUGCGACAGAGCCUACUUGGAAUGGGCCAAGCCCAUCCGCAAAAAAUGGGGCGGUCUAGAGAAUUACAUUCGAGUUGUUCGUCUCGGCUGGCCCAACCCUGAAGCCCCCCUGCCCGCAUACCUUUCGAAGACGACCGGAAAUGAUGAGGGCGCUCGAGCAAGUGAGGCGAAGGUGAUUCUGCAGCAGGAUUACUUUCUCGACACGGAUGAUGAGACGUUGGUCAGACGAGUACCCAACGAUUGGCCCUACGCCAUACCUGAAGAUUGUGAGCAUUGGGUAGUGUGGUCUCGGAAGGAAAUCUACACGCGGUCGCUCUUCUUUGCUCCCAAUCCGCCUUGGCAGCAAGACGAACCCUUCAAGGGUGAACUAUGGUCCGCCAUCGUCAAAGAUGGUAUUCGAGGGCACACAGGCUCUUCGUCCAAUUCGAACUCGACAAAGUACACAGGCUGGCGAACACUCGAGCAUCUGCAAGAAAGCUUGGCCGCCACGGCCACACAAGCUGAAAUUCGCGAGCUAGCAGAAUCGGCGCAGAGCUGGACGGGCAGGGAAGUGUCCAAGUACGUCAAGAGGACGUGGGAUGAGAAGCAGUGGGAGACAAACUGGUUUUGCAAUCCGCCUCAUUUGAGAACAGUACCAGGCCUCAGUCACUUUCAUGUCAUUUCCAGAAGGAAGGUUGUCGCUAGCUGAAGCCCACGACCCCCAAUAGAACACGAGAAGCAAGCGCAUCUCGGGCUAGGCGAAGUUCACACGACCCGAUACACGGCGGAUUGCGUGGAUUGUUGUUGUACAGACGAUAUGUGAGCAACGCGAGGCUAUGUGAGAACGUAGUUUCCGCUAGUGAAAAUAUCUACGAGGCAGACUGGUCCUCUUCAAAAGUAGUAGAAUCUCCAAUUUCCUCUCUAUCAUUUCUCCUCUCCUGUCUGAUUUCCUGCUUGACGCUAUGAAUGGCAACUUCAAUUUGCGGGGGCAA